AGCGGCCGAAUGCCUGAGCAUGCGCAAUGAUAUUUAUUCGAGCAAAAUGCCCGUGAACAUGGCGGCCGGAUUGUCUGUGAACAUCGCUAUUGAACAGCUUUUAGAGAGCGAAGUGGAGGAAAUUGCGAGAGAUGGGCAAGAAAAAUAUGUACCUCAGUUAUCUAUGUCAGAGCAGCUUUCAAAGCUUGCACACAAGAUAGAUUUCCUCUCAGAAGCUAAGAGCAAGGCAGAUGAUAAUGCUGAUGACAAUGAUGAUGAAAGUGAUAACAAGACGUUAGUCACCUUCCAGCCCUCCCUUUGGCCAUGGGACUCUGUUCGAACCAAACUAAGGAAUGCCCUGACUGAGGUUUGCGUUCUCUCUGACCUGUUGAAUGUGGUGAAAGAGAAGAAGUAUGUUGUGCUGGACCCUGUCUCACAGUCACAAGCAAUCUCAAAACCAACACUACAGCUACUAGCAAAGAAGAAGAAUUUGCGUGAUGCGGCAACCAUCUUGUUGCAAGGCUCAAAACGCAUGGAGAGUGCUGUCCAGGAAAGAAUGUCACAACAAUCCAGACCUGACCAGGAAAGGAGUGAUUUCCACUCAGAAUUGAUUAACCUGCGACAGAGAUGGAGACUGAAGCGUACUGGAAACAGCCUGAUGGGUGACCUCACGUACAGAUCAGCUGGCUCCCAGUUCUGGAAUCCUGGGCUGUUUGAAGUCACCAAGCCAACAGGUGUUGACAACACCCAUGGCAACACCCCUGCACCUAGUGUCUCUGGUGCCCUAGAGGUGAAAGUCAGUAGUGAUUUAGAAGGAGUGGCCGAAGUCAAUGUCCAGAUUGUAGAGUCCGGGACAGACGUACACAUGUACUCAGGGAAAAGUAAGGUCCUUGCAAAAAUGAACAGUAGACAACCCUGGCAAGGCAAAUUAGAAGCGGCUCAGAGAAACCUGUUCUGCAAAGAGUUAUUCACCCAGUUAUCCCAAGAGGCAUAUAGCAGUCGAGGAACUACAACAAACUUAGUCAUGGGGAAUGAGAUCAAAACAGAGGUAUUUCCAGGCUUGGAGCUAUGCAUAACUUAUUCUCACAACAAAACCACUUCAACUGAUGAGGAUCCAACACCUAAAGAUGAGACGAUGUCUCAAGACCCGCAUGAACAACCAGAAGCACUGAAUCUCCACCCACUGGAGUACAUCCUACAUUCACUACUCAGGAGACGACACAAACAGAACCAGACAAUGGCCCCACCCAACCCUGUCACAGCGCAUCUCAUCCCUGGAACCAGCAAGAAACUGCGAUUAGCUGGACCAGGGGCUUUGAGAUCAUCAGAGGUUGCAUCCUCAUAUGAAAAUGAGCCUAUCCUAAAUACUAUUAUCUCUGUUGCAAAACACCAGAUCCUGAAAACCAAGGUGAUGGAGAUGAUUGGCAAACUGUCAUCAGAAGUGACAGAUCCCUGUCUUCAGUGUAACUGGGCUAGUGUUUCAUCAGAGAUAGCAGCCUCUGCCGUCAUCCACAUCCACGCACCAGAACUGCAAGACAGCGGCAGGGUGUCUGUCCGACUUCAGAUUGGCAUCCAGGAGGUGCAGGCUACCUGUGAUGAUGGCCGCUCUGUCACAUGCUCAAGUCAUGUGCAAGAUCUGAAGGAUUUCCUGCUGAGUCAGGUUGCCCAGCACCGAGUGCUCGUCGCACACACCAUGGCCGUCAGCUUAGGCUGGCACGUGAUACACCACAGCAAUCACGUGGCCACCGGACCUGUUGAGUACCAGGGACACGCGGCAGGACUGGUGGUGACGUCACCUGAUAGUGACAGGUCCAUUGCUGUUCGAGCUGGGCCGUCCAGCGGUAUCAGCGUGGCAGUUAGGCGCCCCAGGGGCUCGUUACCAGACUUCCUAUCUGAUCCCAAGUGGAGCCUGGUUGGCUCGGAAUUUGUUUCCGUUGACUUGCAAAGCAUGCCGGGAAGAACAUUUGUACAAAAGAUGUAUUUGUUGCUUGGAGUUGAAAUGUCGCUCAAGAACUGAGCUCCAAAAAUCCUGAGAUUGUAAAUAAAUAAAAAUAUACAUAUAUAUUAGAA